UAAUUUCUCAGCGAACCCUAGCACAUUCAGAUCGAACACCUCUCCUCCUCCCUUCCAGAUCGCAGCCGCUACCUCCUAUCCACCGUCCCACCCAUCCUCCGCUCGUCUGUCGUCCGUUGUCGGCUCCCAAAAAGGACCUGAGAUUUUGUUCCUGCUAGUUUGCUAAUCGUCUGGCUGGUUUUUCCUCUGUGCGUGUGUGUGCAGGAGCGUACACGGCAUGUGGGGGCGGCGCGGCCUACGUGUGGGUGGUGGCGACGUGCAGCGUCGGCUCCCUCUUCUACGUCCUCGCCAAGGCCGUCGCGGUCUUCGGCGUCGCCGCGGACGGCGCCGCCGGCCUCGACCUGCACGGCAAGGGCCAGGCCCUCGCCGUCGAGGCCAUGUUCCUCAUGUCGCUCGUGCUCGCCGCCGUGCACCUCGCCAUGGUGUACCGGGCGAGCAGCCGGGAGAAGCACCGGCUCCACGUCAUCUACAGGAUCGACAUCGAAGCGUUCAAGCCUGAGGAGAUUGCUGGCAUCAUUAAAGACUUUGACGAACCCCGACAUCUUGCACCAACUGUUUUUUUCCUUGGAGGCACAAAGUACAUGGUCAUCCAAGUUGAACCUGGGGUUGUCAUUCGAGGAAAGAAGGGCAUCGGUGGCGUUACUAUCAAGAAGACGGGCAUGGCGGAUCGGGCCGGGGGCGAGGGAGAUCCGGAUCUCGGCUGACCCGAGCCGCGGAUCUUGUAGCUUGCCUGGCUGCUGUUGCUGGACUCUCGUUGGGAUGUUGAUUCCUGCGCUGGGAGCGGGUGUUGAUGCGAAUUAUACGGCGUGUCUUGUUGUAUGCUAAAUAAAAUUGGAUUUGCUGCUCUUUCAGGCUCGGAUAGAGAUGAUUGUAGGAGAGUCUACUUGUAGGAUGACAAGUUGUCGCAUCUCGAGCAUGUCUCAUAGGAGAGUGGAAUGAAGUCCAUUGUAGUGACAGUAGCAGAUGUGCCAUUGUUCUGUUGUGUAAUUCUGUUUGUUUUUGCUAUAUUCCUGUGUAAGGAAAUGUAUUUAGG